UAACAGAGACUUGUGACCAGUCGAUUUGUUCUCUUAACAAAUGCUCACAACAAUGGUAUUUCCCGUUCAGACAAAACUAAGCCAAGCUAGAGGAAGAACUGCGUCCUGCUCCGUUUCAGAAAGAGUCAAAAUGAAAGUAAAAAGAUUCAGUACACAGUGAGGUAACACUUAACUUAUUUAUGGGACUGAGGCUAAUUUAUGAUUUAGCGACACAUAUCGGUGCCAUAUAACUGUGCCCUUUGUAAAUGAAAAACAGGCCUAUGGGCUCAACUCGAGUUCUAGUGGAGAAGUGAGGGAACCAUUGAGUGCUUUACAAAGCCUAAAGACCUGCCCCCAGUCAAUAAUUUUAAAAUUAAAACCAGGGCAUGAAAUGUGGUCUCGGAAGCAUGCAUGUAAAUACAUACAGACCAGACAAAUGUGGUAAUCAGCAACUUUCAGCAACCACAAAACGGGGCAGUGUCAUUCCUCAACCAACCAAACAAGAUCGUCUAAAUACAUAGCCACUCUGGUUUUAUGAACACUGAUAAAACAAAGCUAGGAUCUACUGAAGACUAUGAUAUUGAGCUACUAUUCUCAAUAUAAGCCGUCAGAAUGAAUGCUGUAUUAUCCAGAUGUACAGUCUGUAUAUUCACUCUGAGUAGGAUGGAUGUAUUGUAUGCCUUGUCAAUAACUCAGAUGGAAAUUACAAGUUAAAUAACAGUGAUGAGCACGUAUGAAGGGACGAAUUACGUCUCCUCACAUAUUGAGUUGAGAUAAUGCCUCUGACCACAAACAUGAUAUAGUUUCAGGCUAGGCUAAAUAAGAUUCAGUAUCUCCGACCGUGCAUGCGCUUUUGAAACGACGCACGUUUCUUAAAUCCAUUUAAUGUGAGGAGUGUUUAAAAGGAAGGCUAAUAUAGUUUGCCUUCAGUGGAGAGGACCGUGUGUACUGUAUAUGGUUGCACGUUAGACCAAACACAAGGGGGAGAAGUGUCGAUGUAUUCAAUUUAGCACUUUAAGAUUUCAGUGUGGUUCGUAUUGUGCAAUCUCAUUGGAGGGAGAGAAAGGCGAAUGAAGGGAAAAAAACGCUCUCUGGUUUGCGCUGGGGUCCCCCGGCGCAUGCAAUCUCAGCCCCCCUCAAGGGUGCUAUUUUGCAGGCACGGACGCUCGCGAUUGGUCAGCCCUCGGUCAGAUGGUACGAUUUCCCUCUGUCCCGCACUGGCACAUAGCCACCCAGCGCCCCCCACCCCCCUCCCUCAACUAAAACCCAAUCUCCGAUAAACUACUGAUAGCUAAACCACUUGGACUAUAAAACACAACAAAUCAUAAACCAAGGAAAAGAGCCCGUGCCCUCCCAAUGAGUUCCUAUUUUGUAAACUCAACUUUCCCUGUGACUCUGCCCGGAGGACAGGAGUCUUUCUUGGGACAGAUACCGUUAUAUUCCUCCGGAUACACAGAUUCUUUAAGACACUAUCCCGGUGCUGCCUAUGGAGCUACCAGCGUUCAAGACAAGGCGUACCCGUCUUCUUACUACCAGCAAGCAAACGGUGCCUACGGUAGGGCUGCUGCCGCCGGUGCAUGCGACUACGCAGCAGCCAGCUUUUACAGGGAAAAGGACCCUGCGUGCGCUCUCGCCAGCAUAGAGGAACACUCGCUCGUGCUGAGCCAAGACCAUCGCAAGACGGACUGCACGGGGCAGAAUAAAAGCUUGUUCGGCGACAGCGACGACCAGAAGCCGUCGACGCCUGUCUAUCCAUGGAUGCAAAGGAUGAACGCGUGUAACGGGACAUUCGGUAACCCCGGUCGCCGGGGUCGUCAGACAUAUACCCGCUACCAGACGCUGGAGUUAGAGAAGGAGUUCCACUUUAACAGGUACCUGACCCGGAGACGCCGCAUCGAGAUCGCGCACGCACUGUGCCUAACAGAACGCCAGAUUAAAAUCUGGUUCCAAAACCGACGGAUGAAGUGGAAAAAGGAGAAUAAACUAAUAAACUCCUCUCAAACCAAUGGGGAGGAGGAAGAGAAGGGGACGGAGUAAAGAAAGAAAAAUGGAAUAAUGUUGUAAGAAAGGAAAGAUAAUGCAUAAAGGCAUCCUUAAUUUUAAGACAUGAGGAUUCACCUCCUUCAUAUGUCCAAAGUUUCCAAUGGUGAAGUUGUAUUUGGUAAAUUUGAUGUAGCAUUCCAGAAGUUCACUUAACUUUUUAUUUUUGUUACUGUUAAUGUCUGUUAAUGUUUUUUGUUAUCAUAAUUCGGGUACCCGAAUGGCAGUGUUUUUGUGAGCUCGUCUCUUGAUUUAGGACGUGGUUUUAUAAUGUUAACGACCAUGUUUAACGAACUAUUUGAAGUAUCUAUGUCAUAUCUGUAUUCAUAUUUAAAAUGUAUAGAAAUAACGGGGAAUUCUCCUUGAAUGGUGAAUUAUUGUAUUUCUUUUGUAAGCUAAUGCCCAGACUUAGCUCUUUCGUUGAAUUGUUAUAAGUUUGAAAGGGAAAUACUGAUCUACUGACAACUCAAAACUACCUAGACUGGGUCAAAAGUUUAUAUUUUAUGGAUUUUAUAAGUGGUUUAUGUUUGUGGUUUGUCACAAAUUCGUAUCUGCUUACAAACUCAUUCAAUAAAAUGUAUGAGCUAUUCAAACUGUA